UGCAUUCUGCCAAGCACCGAGCUUCCUCAAAAGUUCACCACCACACGCCGCAGUCUUCUCACUCUACAGCUCAUCUGCCUAUCCCCCGCCAUGAACUCGGUGCGCGCGAUCCAGCAGCUGAACAAGCGCGAGCUCGAAGCCGGCAUCAACCCAGAAGGCUCUUGGCACACCGACUACCGUGACACGGCAUUCAUUUACGUCGGCGGUCUAGCAUUCGAGCUCUCGGAGGGUGACAUCAUCACCAUUUUCUCGCAGUAUGGCGAGCCUGUAUGGGUCAAGCUUGCGCGCGACAAAGAGACGGGGAAGUCACGUGGAUUUGCCUGGAUCAAGUACGAAGACCAGAGAAGCUGCGAUUUGGCUGUGGACAACCUGGGCGGCGCGACCAUCAUGGACCGAGUCGUCAGAGUCGACCACGCACGAUACAAGCCAAGAGACGACGAGGACAUGAGAGACAACACUAUCGGCGAUGCGCGCCUGGACGCUGGCAACGACUCGGACGGCGGCAGGCGCAAGCGGAGACGGAGUGAAGAGACUAACUCCGAGGACGACAGGCCCUUGCUACCGGAAGAGAUCGAGCUUGAGCAACUGACGGAGAAGCUGGACCUGGACGAUCCUAUGCGCGACUCCAUGAUCAAGCAGCAGCAGGACAAGGUGGACGAGGCAGUUGCUAGGCUACAACGCAAGAUGCGGAAAGAGAAGGAGAGGAAGAGCAGACACGAGAGGCGACAUCGAAGAGAUGGCUCCAGAGACCGUCAUAGAGAGCGCGAUAGGAAGAGGAUCAAAGACUCAGAGGACAGAGACAGGCGCCAUCGUCGUGACCGAAGCCGAGCCCGACGCGACCGCAGCAGUGAAGGUCGUGACAAAGACCGCGAGCACCGACGACGCCGCCACAGCUCUGCCAGUGAGGACGGCAGGAAGCCGAAGUCCAAACGAUCGCCCUCACCGCAUCGAGAGCGCUCUCCU